CAAAGGAUUUCCUGUAUUUCUCUGUCUGUCAACUUUCUCUCUCUCUCUCUCUCUCUCUCUCUCUCUCUCUCUCUCUCUCUCUCUCUCUCUCUCUCUCUCUCUCUGUCUCUCUCUCUCUCUCUCUCUCUCUCUCUCUCUCUCUCUCUCUCUCUGUCUCUCUCUCUCUCUCUCUCUCUCUCUCUCUCUCUCUCUCUCUCUCUCUGUGUCUCUCUCUCUCUCUCUCCCUCUCUCUCUCUCUCUGUGUGUCUCUCUCUCUCUCUCUCUCUCUCUGUCUCUCUGUCUCUCUCUCUUUGUCUCUCUCUAUCUCUUUCUCUCUCUGUCUCUGUCACUCUCUCUAACUCUCUUCUAUUUUUCUCUGGUGAAGGUCACCAUGGAGGGACUUCAUAGGAGUAUGAAGAUGUUCAGACCGUGUGUAGAGACCGAGGUCAGACAUCUGCUCUCUGGCCUUCCUCACAGCCUGAUGCCCUCUCACUCCACCUCUGAGGUCCCCGGAGCUCCCAGUCUCCUGCAGGAAACUGGAGAGCUCACCCCCAGGCUGGUCACCAUCACCUUCCGCCACCUGCUGGGUGGAGGUACCCAGGGAGGAACCACCUGGACCUCCGUAGACGGGCUGAGGGCCAAGGCCGCCAUGGAGGAGAUCCGGUGGCUGCUGAAGGACACCGUCACCUCUGUCCUGGCUCCGUACGGGGACGUCCCGGUGCACAAGAUUGUGUUCAUCACCUCAGCUCUGGCCCGGGAUGUGGUGAAGGCUGUCUUUGACAGGUUUGAGGUGGAGUCUUCCACUUUCUGCCUGCUGAAUGACAGCUACAACUUGCAUUCUCUGGAGGCAACCAGGAAGUUGGUGGAUGAGGUGGCAAGGGGGAACAAGGGUCAUAACAAGCCAGGUGCUGAGAGCUCCUUCAGCCUCAAGGAGAGCAUCACCGUGGACACUGAUCCCCAGGCAGAAAAGUCUUGGCCUACCUCAAUGGAGAAAGGCCUCACCAUCAAGGCCAUCAUCCAGGACCAGAAGGAGAUCAAGGCCCUGGCCAGUGCUGGAGCUGACAUGAAGACCAGUCAGAACAGACAUCUGACUACAUCUCAGCUGUCCACAGCUUCUCUGGCUGAGUCUGGCCUCGACCUCACCCUGAGGGAGGCUGGGGCUCAUGCUGCUGAGGGGAAGCUGGACAGAGGCAAGGCCUCAAAGCUGGCCCUAGAGGCUGGCCUCACCAGCACCAAGACCCUGGCCCUAGAGGCUAGCCUCACCAGCACCAAGACCCUGGAAGAGGAGGACUAG